GAAAGUUAUUACACCAAAAUUGGUAUUCAAUGAAUACAUGCUACCUAAUUGACAGAUUAUAAACCUCUGUCUCUGGCAUUGAUAUUUUUACUCUGACUCACAAUUAAAAAUGGAUAAAUAAAUCCAAUAGAUUCCUGGCAUGGCCGCCUACUCUGCGCCUACUGAUAACAAGGUGUACCGCCAGAUAAGAGAUAAAGGCAACACCUUACUUCCAGCACUCUGUUAUGUUAGUGAUAAGUAUCAUUCUUUGUGCCGUAGCACCAUAGCACAUGAUAUACAGCCUAUGAAUAUACAGUGGUUCAUUUAAAUUGCAAACUUCUGUUGUUUGGUGAGAUCAUUAGAACAUGUGGCCAUACUAUGAAACAGAAGAUUGGAGCGUUCUUCCUCCGGAGCUGAACAGAAGUAGGUAGUAGCAGCAGCGGACAACCAACAUCAAUUGAGAAAACGCCGCCAUCUUGUUAUUCUGCAUGCAAUAGGUAGUUCGGUGGUCGAGUUUUGUUAAGUUGAUUGGAGUUGAUCGGAGGUAAAGCAAGACGAAGCAAGUGUUUGUCGUUUCGUGAUUUGGUGCUUUUGUCAGCCUCUAGUGUUUAAUAAUGCGCUUGGAUAAAUUAAAGAUUAAUUUCUGACUGUUUUUCUUUUUUUUUCCAUCCUGAAAACAUAGCGGUAGGUAUUAAGAUAUUCUAAAAGGAUCGAAUUAAGUGACUAGCGAAUAGUCGAAAGCAGGUGCGGCAUUGUUCGAGUUCGGGUGAUUUUUGCUCUGCAAAUUAAGAGGCCACCCGUUUCAAAGAGCUAACUAGUCGUGAGUUGUGUGAGGUGUAAAAAGUGUUGACGUGCGAGGUGCAAAGUGUUCGUGUGUUAAAAGAUUACUGCACAGUACAUGAGCACCGCAGUUGGCGAGCGUCGUGGCAAGGUUCUUGUUUCACUGACAUCCCAUAAUUUGAUAUGAUACAACACAAUGUAACAUGACAUUACACGUACUUACAAUUACAUUGAAAAUGAUGUACUUGAAGGAAAAACAGCAACAUAACCAUGAAAAUAAUGUGUCUAACAGGACCAGAGCAGUACAACGGAGUAAAGUGUGUCAAGUUGGUUAACCAUCUGCCGUAAUCCAUUUACACUAGAGCUCCUGGCUCCAAACAUUCUGAGAACAGUGUUGAGAAAUCAUGAAUGCCUCAGAACAUGGGUUUAACCCAGCCUUCAAUAUGGCCUCCAUAAAGCAGGCCAUCAACGAAGCUGUUGAACGAGUCUCAACAGUGAGAAUGCCAGCUCCAACUCGUCUCCGUGAUCUGAUCAGACAAAUACGAGCUGCAAGAACUGCAGCUGAGGAACGGACCGUCGUCAACAAAGAAUGUGCCUACAUUCGGUCUACAUUUAGAGAAGAGGAUAGCGUUUGGAGAUGUCGCAAUAUUGCCAAGCUUCUUUAUAUUCACAUGCUUGGAUAUCCGGCACACUUUGGACAGCUUGAAUGUUUGAAGUUGAUAGCGUCACCAAGGUUUACUGACAAACGUAUUGGCUACCUUGGAGCAAUGCUGUUACUUGACGAGCGACAAGAUGUUCACCUCUUGAUUACCAACUGCUUGAAAAAUGAUUUGAACAGUUCGACACAGUUUGUGAUCGGACUUGCUCUAUGUACUCUUGGGGCUAUUGCAUCUCCUGAAAUGGCGAGAGAUCUGGCUGCUGAAGUGGAGAGACUCAUGAAAUCGCCCAAUGCGUACAUUAGAAAAAAAGCAGCUUUAUGUGCGUUUCGAAUUAUCAGACGAGUACCUGAGCUGAUGGAAAUGUUUUUGCCUGCAACUCGCAGCUUACUCACAGAAAAAAAUCAUGGGGUUCUUAUCACCGGUGUUACUCUCAUCACGGAGAUGUGUGAAAACAGCAUUGACACUCUGAAUCACUUCAAAAAGGAAUGCGGCCAUCGAGAGAUCGUUCCGAAUCUCGUGCGGAUCCUGAAGAAUUUAAUCCUGGCUGGAUACUCUCCCGAACACGAUGUAUCUGGGGUGUCUGAUCCUUUCCUUCAAGUAAAAAUUCUGAGACUCCUGCGAAUAUUGGGUCGUAAUGACGUUGACGCAUCGGAGGCUAUGAAUGACAUUUUGGCUCAAGUUGCAACUAACACAGAAACAAGCAAAAACGUUGGUAACACAAUCUUGUACGAAACUGUUCUCUCAAUUAUGGAUAUCAAAUCGGAAAGUGGAUUGAGAGUUUUGGCAGUCAAUAUUCUGGGUAGAUUUUUGCUGAAUAAUGAUAAAAACAUACGUUAUGUGGCUUUAAAUACACUCUUGAAAACUGUGUAUGUCGAUACCAGUGCCGUGCAGAGACAUCGCUCCACGAUUUUGGAAUGUCUUAAAGACCCGGAUGUAUCAAUAAGACGACGUGCAAUGGAACUUAGUUUCGCAUUAGUCAAUACAAAUAAUAUCAGGACUAUGAUGAAAGAGUUACUACUGUUUUUGGAACGAGCUGAUCCCGAAUUCAAAGCACAAUGCAGCAGUAAUAUCGUUUUAUCUGCUGAAAAAUUUGCCCCUAACCAACGCUGGCAUCUAGAAACUUUGUUCAAAGUUCUGGUUGCUGCUGGGAAUUACGUGCGAGAUGAUGUCGUCGCCUGCACAAUUCAGCUCAUUUCCGAAGCUCAGACAUCAAAACAAAAUUAUGCUGUUUGCGCACUCUGGCAUGCUUUGGAAAGAGAUACCGCUGACAAACAGCCGCUAGCUCAAGUAGCUACGUGGUGUAUCGGGGAAUAUGGGGACUUACUUCUUUAUGGGACACCAAGCGAGGAUGUUGAAACUCCUGUGAAUCUAACUGAAGACGAAGUGAUCGACGUCUAUCAAAGGUUACUUUGGAGCCCUCAAAAUUCAGUUGUCACUAAACAGUACACUUUACUGUCAUUGAUGAAGCUCAGCACACGCUUCCAGCAAGGCAACGAUAUGCCAUCUUCAUUUUACAGAAAGAUUCGUCAAAUAAUUGAUACGUUUGGAAGCAAUUUACACAUCGAGCUUCAGCAGCGUGGAGUUGAAUUUUCACAUCUUUUUCGAAAGUACGAACACUUGCGGCCUGCAUUGCUCGAGAGAAUGCCUCCCAUGGAAACUGCUAAACCACAAGCAAACGGUAUUAUUGGAUUAGCAAAUGGAGAGCCUGAAGUCGAAGAUGAAAAAUCAAUAAUUUUGGAUAAUUCGCCUUCUGCUGCCCCUGCAGAUUCGAGUGCUUUGUUAGAUUUACUUGGAAGCUCGGACUUAGAUGCGGAAACUCCUACAACUAUCAUCAAUAAUACCAAUACCAACAUCGAUUCUUCACCGGUUAUUAACAAUAAUGAUCUCCUUGAUCUACUGGGGGGCCUGGAUUUGAGCUCACCUGUAUCAGCUCCGUUACCGAUUUCCCAGGUUCAACCAGCGCCACAAAUUUUUAGCCCAACUAAUACUGCUAAUUUCCUCGUCGAUGGCCUUCUUAAUUCGUCUCCAGUUCAAAAUGAAAUCCCAAAUUUAGUUGCCUUUGACAAAUUGGGCCUGAAAAUAGUUUUCAAAUUAGAGCGACCACCGGACACUCCAGACUUAUUGGUAAUUAAUAUGGUGGCUCAGAAUGUUGGAUCUGUGCAAUUGACCGAAUUUUUAUUCCAAGCUGCAGUUCCCAAGACAUUCCAACUACAAAUGCUGUCGCCUUCGAGCACUGUAAUCCCCCCAUUGGGACAGGUAACUCAAGUUCUGAAAGUAACGAACAUCAACAAAGCAUCGCUGAGAAUGAGGUUGCGUAUAUCUUACACUGGAGAAUCAGGCCCUGUUUUGGAACAAGCGGAGGUAAACAACUUCCCACCUCUGGCAUGGCAGUGACAGCACACGAUUCACAAACCACUUGUAUAUAUGUCUGCCUAAUUAUCCAAGUCUGAUCCGACCGAAGUCACUCUGAUGAUCGCCUUUCAAUCAAACAUGAAAAAAAGCCUAGAAAAGACUUGGGAUCUUAUAUGUAAGAAGAAAAAAAGUUACAGAUAUAGAGAAAAAAAAGGAACCACUUAUAUUUUUCAAUUCAGUUAUUCAAUGGCAAGAUAUGUCUGAGAUGUGAUACGAGUGAACUAAUAACAAGAAACCUGUAAAUAACAGGUAACUAAUUUUUGUAACAAAUUUAGAAAUCGUUCUCAAAAUCGGUUGCUGACUCGUAUCUCAGAACUGCUGUCUAUGUUUUAUAAAACAUUAGAUGCACUUUGAAUGAGGAAUCACCUGUAAGAUGCUGUAAGGUUAUAUUACUGCGAUACCGUGUUUAUUCCCUUAUGAAUCGCAAGCAAUAUAAUUAGUUGUUGAUGUUAUAAACACAGUUUUAUUUUGUCUGUUCACGUACACCAUGUUUGCAAUUAAAGACAGUGAACAGCAAUUGUUUUAAAUAAUCAAUCAAACAAUGAAAAAAUGAACUUGUUGAACUUGUUGCUAACAGUAAGGGAAUAAUGAUGGUAAAACAUUUUUAGAAAACUACAUAGUAAUGUUUGUGGAAAAGAGCAGAUUUGAAUGCAGGUGAAGGGUGCUUGUUUUCUAUUCAAACAAAAACAAAAAGAAAAACAAUCUUGCUACUCUAAUGACCACCCACAACAUUAAGUCUAAAUAAUCCCUCCGCCCAAAUUACAUCCCCCCCUCCCUCCCUUAUCGGUAUUAUCGUGCUUUUUUGUGUUUGUAAUAAAUGAACUCAAUUACUUUGUACAUAUUAGAUAGAAAUUAUCAUGCAAAUGUGGCUACGUUAAUAAGUGAGACACUACAUAGAUUUGGGAUCUCUUUGUUGUAUGUAUACAUACGAUAAUUAUAAGAGGGAAUUAUUGGUACAGUUGUUUUUGAUAUUUAUGUAUUAUGGCUAUCAGGUUAUCUUCUGUAACAGGAUUCAAUGGGAUUCUACCUGCGACGGCGACUAGCGUAGCGUUUAUACAUUUUCAGUAUCAAUAAAAACUUGAUAGCAGUGGGGGGCUGAUGACUGACUAACAACGUAUCUGCUACAUGUCGCAUAUCCCUAAUUGGUAGAUGCACCUUGGCGUGGCACUAGCGCGCAACAAAAUUUCUACUGUAUAAAUUUAAAAUUAAUAGUGCGUACUUAAAAAUAGUAAUACGAUUCGUCGUGUCAGUUCUAUGCAUCAUGCUUAUUGUGGUGUAAAUGUUGAAAAAUAAUGUUUAUUUGUUACCAUUUUUGCACCGCUCAGUUUCAUGCUUAUACACCAUCAUAAUUAACUUCCGUUGAAUCAUAUUGUGUUCAUGACAUAAAAUUACUUGUGUGGCGGUUACGUUGGGUGAAAAUGUGUAAAUACAUUGGGUUUUAUUUUUUUUUUUUUAAUUCUUGAUCCUGUGAUGAAAUUAAAUCUGUUUCCGAAUAGUGUUAUGAAUUACAUAAAACUUACAGUAUGUGAACUCUGUACAUCAUGCGCUUCUUGAGAUGGUAGCAGGGAUAUAAAGGAAGUGUGAAUGACCGAGCAAACGAGAGGGAAAACAAGGAGUAUGAAAAAUCAGAGGUAUGCCCAUAUUAAUUCAAUUCAAUUAUAUCUGAAGUUGUGACUGACAGCGCCUAAUCGAUUUUAUACCCUUGGUCAGAAUUUGUCAUUAGCGGCUUUUAUUGGUACAAACAUCUGCUUAAAACUUGUGUUUAACAUUUGAGGCAUUAUUGUACUUAACUAUGACAGCAAAUUAAUAUUAUUGCUUGAAAUUGAACGUUCGUAGGUCCAAAAGCAAACUUUGACUGUAGUACUGAAAUGGGGGAAGCAGGAAGUCUGCUUUACUUAGCUUUUCUCAAUCAUAUUUUUCUUCCUCAGUGCAUCGUUGUAUGUUUUUUGACCGAAUGAAUGUACGAUCUCUGAAAGGUAGAUCAAAUGAGUUUGAAUGCAAGAUUAAAUCGAUGAAGAAGUCUCGGCCCUCCAAAGGGAUGAACCCUGCCUACUUGUUCUCAAUAUUAUUUUAGAUUAAUGAACACAGUAUAAAUGUAUACAUAUAGGUGUAUAUAUUUAUAUCUAUAUUUAUCAGUUAUGAUAAUGAAAUAAUGAUAAAGAUGCUGUACAUACUUUUUAGUGAGUUAAGGUGUGAAAAUAAAAGGUAUUUUUAUUCCACGAUAAA